AUGGCAGAUUAUUUUAAUCAAAUUACAAAGGAUGAAGAAAAGAGAUUAAAGGGAAUCAAAUGUCAUUUAAAUGAUAGCAAUCAAUUUAUUAAUAAAUUUAAAAAUAGUUUAUGGUUAUUAGAUCAGUUUAAUUUUGUAUUAAUUGGUUUACCCAAGUGGGUUGAAAAAUUCUUUCUAGUUUAUAAGUUAUAUAACAGAAAAUACUUUAAGGAUUAUUGGUGGCUUUAUGAAACGUUAUUAAAAAUUGUACAAACACGUCGAUUCGAAAUUUCAAGUUCACCGAAAGAACCAGAUUUAAAGGUCGAUUUAUUAACCUCAUUAAUUAAUUUUGGAACUUCACAUCCAACCGACAUGAAAAGUGGAAACGAACGCACGUUAACAGAUGAUGAAAUCGUUUUCAUCAUGAAGAAUAUAAUACAUGGAGGAAUAGACAAGGCAAGGACCUUCCCACCCCCUUAA